UGGGGCUUCAGUCUGAGACUCCUGCUUAGAGAAAAAAGUACCCUUAGCAUUACCAGUUUAACUGGCUAACACGCAAAAGUAUCAUUUAAAGUAGUUCUCAAAAGGCAGCCGGAGUAAGGACACGGAGAGUAUCAUGGUUAAAAGUUAUCUGCGGCUGAAGUGUAAAACUUGGUAGCCUCCCUCAGCCGGAGUCCGGAGCGGUGAAGCGGCUAAAGCUAAAGCUAACGCGAUUCAAACAUACUUGGCUAACUGGACCCGCUGGCGGAGGUUCGGCUGUCCCGCUGCUUGCUGAGCGUUAACAUAAUGCUUGCGAACUAGCGGUGCUGCCAAACACUGCGUGUGUACAAAUAGACGUCAGAGAGUGUGUCGUUUGGUUUUGGGGCUCGUUUGUUUUGGAGGGCAGUGUGAUGUUUGCUAGCUAAUGCGGGCGGUGUUAGCUUUAGCACAACAAGAGCGCGUCUCCGGGAGUCAGCUGACAGCCUGCCGCGAGCUGCCAACAGACCAGGGAUGGAUCAACUGAAAGUGAAGGAUCGCAUACUGGAAAACAUCUCGUUUUCUGUGAAAAAGUUGCAGAGUUACUUUGCGGCCUGUGAGGAUGAGACCCCGGCGAUCCGGAACCACGACAGGGUCCUGCAGCGUCUCUGUGAACACCUCGACCAUGCUCUGCUGUACGGGCUGCAGGACAUCUCCUCAGGCUACUGGGUCCUGGUCCUUCACUUCACCAGGAGAGAGGCUGUGCGUCAGAUCGACGACCUUCAGCACAUAGCAACCAACCUCGGUCGAAGCCGUGCGUGGUUGUACCUUGCGUUGAGUGAGAGCUCUUUAGAGAGCUAUCUACGCCUUUUCCAGGAGAACCAAGGACUGCUGCAGAAGUAUUACUUCAAGAACGCGCUGGUCUGCAGUCACGACCACCUCACCCUCUUCCUCACACUGGUGUCCGGCCUGGAGUUCAUUCGCUUCGACCUGGAGCUGGAUGUGCCCUAUCUAGAUGUGGCCCCCUACAUGCCAGAAUACUACAAACCCCAGAACCUGCUGGACUUUGAGGAGAGGCUGCCCAGCUCAGACAGCCUGUCGCUGCACUCCUUCACCUCCCUCACCUCCACCAACCUGGAGUGGGAUGACAGUGCCAUCGCUCCCUCCAGUGAAGAUUAUGAUUUUGGUGACAUCUUCCCCGUGUUGCAGUCAUUGCCAAGUGCAGACUGGGAAGAGGGUGACCUGACCGACCAGGCCAGCUGCCCGCGGUCCAGCGGUUCUGAUCCUCAGACCGUCAUCAGUGACACAGUGGUCCUCUCCACCACUGUGAAGGGGAAGGUAGCAGCUCGACUUUCUCCUCACAGCCCCACGUCCAGACACAACCCCUUCAACGAGGACUCCGACACAAACACCUCCGCCGAUGUUACGCCGGUUCAUGUGGCCAAUCGCUACAACACCUGCACCGCUGGAGAGGACGCGGAGAUCAACAGCAACGAGCUGGAGGUCAUUAGGAUGGCCAGACGAAGGAAACCGGCUAAGAAGCGCCGUGGGAAGGGCUCCACAGAUUCCAGCAGCAGCAUCCAUAACUCCGUCUCCUCUGAGCACAUGGAAAUAGACUAUGCUGAUUCAGUGAACUGCACUGUGGUGCAGCUGGAUAGUGAAGGAGAGUUGCGGAGAAGCAGGGUCGGGUCAGAGGUUGUGGAGGAAGGAGGCGAGGAUGGAGUGGAAGGCCUCCUACGGCUCCCGGAGAUGACGGACACCUCUAUGGACAGCGUGGGCCAACCCCUCCGUGACGUCAUGGACCGGCUCAACGGGGCUCUGGACAGGGAGGUGAACUGGAAGCACCCAGAGGAGGAAGAGAAGCGCAACGAAGGCUGUGAUCAGGGCCCCGAGCCUCCUGCACAGCAGCCCUUUCGUAAGGAUUCAGAAGGCAAGCCACCCGACCCGGCCCCAGGAGAGACGCCUGACUCCCCUCUGGCCAAAAUCCCCAACUGCCUGCAGGCCUCUCCUGUGCCUGCAGACGUAUGCUGCUUUACCCCCAACAGUCCAGACUCUGCUCCCACAGGUGGUAGCCACCAUGACUCUCCAGAGCAUCGUCAGUCGCAGACUCUUUCAGGUGGCUUUGAAGAUGAAGGAGAGGCAAAAACACCACAAGGACAGGAGCCCGAGCUGAAGGAGCAGGCGGACGAAACGCACAAAACUACAUUUACAGCUGAGGAGGCAGAACAGCCGCAGGACGAGAAGCUCAGUCCCUCUGAAAGUUCUCAUCCUGCAGAGUUUAAGGUGGACAACAACCACUUGCUUCUUCUUAUGAUUCAUGUAUUCAGAGAGAACGAGGAGCAGCUCUUUAAGAUGGUGAGGAUGAGCACAGGGCAUAUGGAGGGAGACCUGCAACCCCUUUACCUGCUGCUGACUGACUGUUACAUCUACCUGCUGAGAAAGGGUGCAGCAGAGAAGCCCUACACAGUGGAAGACGCCGUUUCUUACAAUGAGCUGGACUAUCUCUCAGUGGGCCUUGACAGCCAGACAGUAACGGUGGUUUGCACCAACAGACGAAGAAAGUUCCUGCUGGACACAGCUGAUGCGUCACUGACUUCCUGGUUCCUGUCUGUUCUCAAGUCGGCCAUGGUGAAAGGUUGCCGCGAGCCUCCCUAUCCGUCCGUGCUGACUGACGCCACCAUGGAAAAGCUGGCUCUCACCAAGUUCGUCUCCCAGGAGUCUCACUGUGAGGUGUCCGAAGUGUCCAUUCAGCUCUAUUCACUGGUUCACUGGGAAGAUCCUUUGGACGUCAGUGUGUCGCCCCAAGGUGGCCCGCCCAACUCCGGAGUACUUUCCAGCACAAAAGAAGGGACUCUGCAGUACAGGGCAGGAACCACAUACCUGGGCAAAGAGCUGUGGAAGAGCUGCUACCUCGUUCUCAGUAAUGGGAUUCUGUAUUUGUAUGCAGAGAGAACGGAUGUGACGCCCGUGCUGUCGAUCACUAUGGGAGGAGAGCACUGUGGAGGCUGCCGUCGCUCCAACAGCAUGGAGCGCCAACACGCCUUUCAAGUCAUCCAGACGGAGCGCCCCCCGCUGGUCCUCAGCGCCAGCAAUGAGCAGGACAUGGCCGACUGGAUGCAGCUGCUCUGCCAGUCUGUCUCCAAAGGGGUCAUCCCUCAGGGUUUGGCCCCAACGCCGUGCAUCCCAUGUUGCCUCGUGGUGACGGACAAGAAACUGCUAACGUGCCAUCAGGACUGCCAGACGAGCUUCUUCCGUUCUCUGGGCAGCGCUGAUAUAUGUGACGUCACCACCGUCAGCCUGGAGGCUGACAAGGAGUACUGCGUUAUUGAGUUUGCAGCAGAUCGGGCCCAGUUCCUCCCUCCGUGGGUCUUGUACUUCAGCGGGUGUGAAGAGAGGGAUCGACUGCUGCAGGCAUUGGACAGCGCAUGGAGAGCCAUUUUCCAGGUGGACCUUCCCCACAGAGAGGUGUCCGACGUGGCCGUGCAGAAGCGCUGCGGCGAGGCCCUGGAGCUGAUGAAGAGCGCCUGGCAGCGAGCAGACAGUCUGGCUCGAGGCAGAGCCCAGCGCGAACCGUGGUGCUGACGGACACACACACAUACACCGAUCUGUGUGUAGCCCCCGAGACAAGAGCGUCAGAAAGGAUGUAAUAGUCUGUGCUACUGCUGAAAGAGAUAAACCAAUCAGAUGUACUGUUGAUUCUGAAAUGUUUCUGUCAGAGAAACGUCCCGCUAAAGUAGCACCUCAUGUGGCACAUCAUGUCUCAAUGAUAGAACAGUGAGACGCUGAAAUUAAAUGAAACUAAAUGAAUGAAUUUCUAGCAGAAUGUAUUUUAUUUGAUCCGGGCAGUACAUCGUCGUAAUUCCUUUGGUAGAGAUUCUGACUAGCAGCAAUGUAGAACAAAUAUGCACCACGAGAUGUUAAAUGUUGCUUAACCGUGACCCUUGCGAUAUAAACAGACGGGCCUGAAAACGAUGCGAGUGGGGAGGACGAGGAGAACCAGGAGCGUCUCCACACAAAGACAUAUGCAAAGUAUAUCGAGGGGAAUCAUUACUUACGUGGAGAAGUUCACGUGCUCUCUGCUCGCACAACUGUGUAAAGAUAGAAGUCGCUCCUUGCUUUCUAACAAGAGUUCUACUGAACCUGAAUUAUAGACGUGCAAACGUACAUCCCUGUACAGUGUCAUUGCACAAUCACUGAUGUGUUCGGUUGUGGUUUGUCUGAGGGCACAUACCUCUACACUGAAGUAUUCUCACGUACACGUUGUACAUUAGCUCGAGAGGACGAGGAUCUGAAGUAUAUCUGGAUGUUUAACACUUGCACUGUUACAUAACAUGCCUGUAAUGUCUAUCUGAGAUCUAUCAGGAAAUGCAACAGACUUGCCUUUUUCUCCACUUUGCAGAGAUGAGUGGAGGUUUCCAUGCAGACUUGCACAUUGUUUUUUUUUUAAGUGGUACCAUUUGUGGCUGUUUGUUAACACGUGCUGUUUAGUUUUCUUUCUUUUUAGAGAAGGUGGGAACAGUUGUUACUAAAUUAUUCGGUUUGUCUUGACUGUAUCAGCAGGUGAGGAUUUCCCCGAUAAUGAAAGUUUUCAAUGAAGAAUUAAGUUCGGUGUGAAGAAUCAUUCACUGAGAGUCGUCUUGGCUUCUCGUUUUCAUUUUGCACCAGUGGUUGGUGGCAGUAAGAUCUGUCUGCUCUGGAUCUGAACAUCAUAUGGUGGUGCAGGACCAUGUGUGAGGCUUUAAAAAUCCUUUGUCUCUCAGCUUAGAGCCUUUCAACUAAUAGGCUGUCUUCAGUUCCUACGACUGAAUCCUUUGUUAGUACACAGUAAUGCAUGUGCUGCAGUAAUAUUAAUCCUGAUCAGAGUGGACCUGCUCUCGUUGCAAGGCUAAGAAACGUGUGCUGAUUUUCUUGUUUUGUGUUUUUUGCAAUGACAAUGUUGCCUUGCUGAGCUGAAAUUGCCGAUUCAUUUAAAACAAACGGAGGACUAUGUUUUGCUUUUAGUAAACGCCUUACACUGGACGAUUUGGCCGACUGCGUUGGAACUCUUAAACAAUCACAGUAUAAGUUUCUGGUUUCCUCGUAAGGGACGAGCGUGUGCUGUAAGUAGGCCUGGGUGUGUUCAGAGCCAGUGGACUCUCUAUCACAUGCUGCUGAUUAAGCUGACUGUUUUGGUAUGUUGUACCAAAGCUUGAGUGUUGAAUAUGCACCAGAAUCGACCCAGCCAUAUACAUGCAGCACAUCACGGAUGUGCGUGUCUUUUACAGUGACGCCGUGUUGCUCUCGUGUCAGCAUUAAUCAGUGCUUUAAGCCUUUCUAAGUGCCACUCGGUCUCCAUCAUCUUCUGUUCUUUAACAAAGAACUCUAAUCUCAGGUGAAAAAGGUACUUCACAUCCAAAACCUUAAGACUCACCGUGUCUGCUUUGGUUUUUUUGUUUUGUGUCUAAUAUUACAGUAUUUUUCUCAGUUUAACUUUUUGUUUGUUCCUCCCGUGUUCGGUGCAGCAUCAUGGAGUUGUUUUGCACAGAGAGAGAGAGAGAGAGAGAGAAGGCUGCAAAUUGAUAUCAAGUGUCUGUGGAAAAGUGGAAAAGGUCUGAUGGAAGAAAUCCUUUAAUAAUUCAGUGGGUUCCAAAAUAGGAUGCAGAGAAAUCCUCUCCUCCCCCAGUGGAUUACUUUAGGUGUUUCUGACCUGGGAGAUUGCAAUAGUUGGACUUACUUGAACUGUUACUUGGAUUAUCAGUGAGAAGUUAGAGCUGUUCCCGUUGACGUGUAUAUAAAGAGAAAGUCAGCCUUUGAGUGGGGUUGUGGAUGUGGGACAUUGCUGGCCAAUGGUGGGUGACAUCUUUUAAAUGAUGCGUUGUCAAAGAAGUGCUUUUUGAUUUUUGUCCAUAAAUGUUUACUGCAUGUAAUAUUUGUAUUAUGUUUAGCAAGUUUAUCCAAUUGUAAAUGAAGCACUAAUCAAAAGUAACUCCCACAUAGAGACGUGCAUGUCCUGAAGGUUUUAUACUGCUCAUACAGGUAAUGAACAUGUGACUUGGACGGUGUAACUGAAUAAACCGACAUGAAACUUUG